AUGCGUAAGGGCAAGUUCAAAACCCUCAAGGAACGUUUUCAAAAAAGGCUGAGUGAUUGGGUGGAAAAGUACCUGUCAAGUGGCGGGAAGGAAGUGCUUAUAAAGGCUAUUAUGCAAGCCUUACCUGUCUAUGCCAUGAGUGUGUUUCAGUUUCCGGCGGGCCUCGUCGAAGAACUAAACCAAAUGAUUCGCGACUUCCACUGGGGUGAUGAACAUGAACGACGGCGUAUGCACUGGCUAUCCUGGGACAAAUUAACACAACCAAAGGCAUGUGGGGGAAUGGGCUUCCGUGACUUCAGAGUUUACAACCAGGCUCUCUUGGCGCGACAGGCGUGGCGUUUGAUACAGUAUCCAGAUAGCCCAUCUGCACGGCUACUGAAGGCGAAGUACUAUCCGGUGGGGCAUCUCCUUGACACUGCAUUCAUACAGGAUGUGUCGGCGACAUGGAGGGGAGUGAUGCAUGGCCUUGAUCUCCUAAAGCAGGGAGCGAUCUGGAGAAUUGGGUCGGGCUCUAUGGUGAAAAUCUGGAGGGAUAACUGA